AUGGCCACCUAUGGCAAGAAGAAGAGGUCCAUUCUCCCCUCGUUAUCCGCCCUUCAAGAUUCCGAUGCGACCACAAAGUCCAAACAAGGGGCUUCGAAGAAACUAGCUUCCACGGCAUAUGGAAUGUCGACAUCCCAAGGCAGAGAUAUCGCAGGCUCUCUUUCCCAUCAUGAUGAUAGCCUCGAGGAAAUGGCAAACAUGCUUCUGGAAGAUACUACAAUUGAUCAAUCCGAAUCCGAUCAUGGACAGCCUGCGUCACACAUUGCAGCUGUAAGGAUGCUGCCUAGUAUAUCCUCUCAAGAGAGGGUUCUUCCACAACUCCCAGAACUACACUUCAACAGAGAUGAUGCAUGGGCCACGAACGCCAAUACUGUUGUGGCAGCUGCUGGCAAUGUCAACGAAAUACAGCCCUUUGGCGGCACCAAUGGGCCUGGCAACUACCCUGAGAAGAUCUUUACUCGUUCCAGAAAGGGACCUGCUCCGCCAAUACCUCGCAAAUCUUCGAAGAGAAAGUCGGCACGCCCAAUGGCCCCUGAUUUUAAAGAAAGGGCUGAACCUGGUAAUCGGCAGAGUGAUGGAGCGAACUCGAAGAAAACCAAGGGUAGCAUCUCCCCUCCCAAAUAUAUCGAUGUCCCGCAAGCCAAACCAUCAGUACUCAACGAUACAAACGUGAGCAACAAAAUUGAAGCAAUGCUCGAGGCCACGAAGGCUUUGAAACCAGGUACAUGCGAUCACAUGCACCAGGGACCACACCUGCCUACUAAGAAGUAUCGGCUCAAGGAUAGCAACGUACUAAUGAAGAUGAAGAUGGCAAUUAAUGAUCAUAUCCAGACCCGAGUGAGCAAAAAGUCCUAUGACCCGGCACGAGAUGACUACCUUCUACACGAUGCUCUCAAUGAGACGCAGACAAAUGACAAAGCAAUGUCUACCAUGGAGAUCAGAAUGAAUGAAGGUAACAAUCUUAGGAUGCCCAAAGUUUCUAGCCUCACUGGCCAUGGCAAUAUCCGUCGUAAGGCCAUAGCAGAUGAUGGAAUAUCACUAAGAAGUCGAAAAUCUGUCUCAAAUGACCCCUUCUCUGAUACACCUCCUUCCAAUAGCGAAAUACGAACGCCGAGAAGUUUCGAACAUCGAAUCGUUGAUGAUAUGUCUGACUCCACCUAUGAAUUACCAAGUGACAGCUAUAUACGUGGAGACAAGCCUCCGAGGGCGAAGAGAUCUAAGCAGUCUCUUCUCGCAUACGAUACAGACUUUGAUGCCCUUCUUUCAUCUAGUCCACUGGCUCAGUCGACACCUCGAAUUCGCCUGGAACCCACCUUCGAAAAAAAUGGCAGGGCGGCACUGAAGAAUGUUCCUGCCGACUCUCGCUCGUUGUCCGAUCCUGACGCUUCCAGUAUUGGUGGACACUACUCGGACGUGGAACUCGAUCCACCAUCUACAAAUAAGAUGAAUUGUAGUGGUUUAGCGGAUCUUAUGAAACGAAAAAGUUCUCAAGUGAAGAAGGCUGGGAUUUCAUCUGCGUCCCAUUAUUCAAAGAGAAUAAAGAAGCACCACUCUUCAAGCAAAGAAGAGUUGGAAGGUUUGGAAAGAGCCAUGAGUCUAUACAAAUCUCUGGAUGGGCCUUCGAGCUUCAAUCCACUGGAUGAUGAUUCUAGCAGCAAGGUCGAGUCAGAACUAAGGGAUACCAUCCUGGCACCCAAGAAUCCUAACGGGAAAAUCAAAGAGCCAUCCAGGAGAUGUGACAAGGGAAAGGGGUUUGGCAUGUUGCUGGAGCCUGACCUUACCAGAACUGCAGUUCCAAUGCAUGACAUUCUUGACACAAGCAGGGGUCGGACCAUGAUUCUUAAGCCUGUAGCGGUGGCGAAGACGAGAUCAAGAGCCGAUGGACGAGGAAACCGUCGGUAUCCCUCGCGAGGCAAUGUUGACGAUGAUAGCCUUAUGGAUAUCGAUGAGUUGCAGUGGGACCAAACUGCAUUGCUGAAAAGGGGUUGA